CUUUGACUGUGUACCAUGUGCUGAAGGAGAGAUCAGCAACCAAACCGGAGAGUAUAUAUACCAGGAUGAAUACAACACUUUGUCUCCAGUUUGAGAAGGACUAGAAAAUGUUUGUCCUGAAGGUUGUGCUGAUAGCAUUUUCAACACUGGCAGAAAAACCCAUCUGCAGGUUACAAGGACGCCCAGAAACGCCUGCAUUUUCAAUGGAUGGAGACAUCAUAAUUGGAGGUUUAUUUUCAAUAAAAGCAGGCAUUGUUAGUACAACACCCAACUUCAAAGACCUUCCUGAACCUACAGAAUGCAAGGGCAUACAGUUAAGAGAAUUUCAGCUUGCCCAGACCAUGAUUUUCACAAUACAGGAAAUUAACAACAGCACAGAAAUUCUCCCCAAUGUCACACUGGGCUAUAGAAUCUACAGUGUGUGUCCCAACAUACCUUCAUCAAUAAGAGGUGCUCUGAAUAUGGUGAAUGGCCAUGAAGAAGGAGAUAUUGCUGAAACGUCCUGCACCAGACCACCUAACGCCCAAGCAAUUAUAGGACAAUCUGGAUCAUCUAUAACGAUUGGAACCAUCACAACCGUUGGACCUUUUCAAGUACCAAUGAUCAGUUACCUUUCUACCUGUGCUUGUCUGAGUAACAGAAGGCGAUUCCCUUCAUUCUUCAGAACCAUCCCCAGUGACUAUUAUCAGAGCAGAGCUCUGGCUCAGCUUGUGAAGCACUUUGGAUGGACCUGGGUUGGAGCCAUUAGAAGUGAUGAUGACUAUGGAAACAGUGGAAUGGCUACAUUUGUGAAAAUCGCACAACAAGAGGGGAUAUGUAUUGAAUAUUCAGAGGCUUUCUCAAGUGUUGACCCAAUAGAGAAAAUUCAGAAAAUUGCUCGCAUUGUUAAACAAUCCACCUCAAAAGUUGUCCUGGCCUUCCUGCCUCAGGUCGAGAUGACCAUGCUAACACAAGAAAUGCUGCGGCAGAAUAUUACUGGCUUACAGUGGAUAGGCAGUGAGUCUUGGAUUUCUUCUAGAGGCAUUGCUAAUCGUGAGAGUUUUAAGAUUCUUGGUGGGGCAAUUGGAUUUGCAAAUGUUAAUACAGAAAUAAAAGGCCUGGAUGAUUUUCUGUUUAGCGUCCAUCCAUCUACUGACCCUGAUAAUGACUUUUUGACAGAAUUCUGGGAAACUGUUUUUAGCUGUACCCUGACUCGCCAGGAUGGUAAAGAAAAUAAGAAGCCGUGCACAGGGGCGGAGAGCCUACGAGAAGUGAAAAACCAGUACACUGAUGUGUCAGAGCAAAGAAUCCCUCACAAUGUUUACAAAGCUGUGUAUGCAGUGGCACAUGCGCUACAUGAUCUUCUGACAUGCAAACCUGGGAGAGAGACUCUUUUCAACCACACAUGCGUGAACAAGAUGGAAAUCUCACCGUGGCAGGUGCUCCAUUAUCUGAAAAAUGUUCAUUUCAAAACUAAAACUGGAGAACAAAUGUCUUUUGACGAAAACGGAGAUCCAGUGGCGAGAUACGAAUUAAUUAAUUGGCAGCUCAAUAAAGAUGGAAACACAGACUUUGCUGUGGCUGGAUAUUAUGAUGCCUCUUCUUCAGCAGGGCUGCAAUUCACAAUGAACAACAUCAGCAUGCUCUGGGCAGGCAGACAGAUUCAGGUGCCUGUGUCAGUGUGCAGUGAGAGCUGCGCUCCAGGCACUCGGAAGGCUGUUCAGAAGGGAAGGCCUGUCUGCUGCUUUGACUGUGUACCAUGUGCUGAAGGAGAGAUCAGCAACCAAACUGAUUCCAUUGACUGUACUAAGUGCCCUUUGGAAUACUGGUCCAACGAUCGGAAAGACAAGUGCAUCUUAAAGGAGACUGAAUUCCUAUCAUAUGGAGAAAUAAUGGGAAUACUACUAGCUGUGUUUGCUUUACUGGGAACAUUUUUAGCUGUGGCUACAGCAAUUGUCUUCUUUAGAUUUAAAGACACUCCCAUUGUCAAAGCCAAUAACUCUGAACUGAGUUUCCUUCUGCUCUUUUCAUUGACUCUGUGUUUCCUCUGUUCACUUACUUUCAUUGGCCAGCCCUCUGACUGGUCCUGUAUGUUGCGCCACACAGCAUUUGGGAUCACAUUUGUCCUGUGCAUCUCUUGUGUUCUGGGGAAAACAAUAGUGGUGUUAAUGGCCUUUAGGGCUACACUGCCAGGCAGUAACAUUAUGAAAUGGUUUGGCCCCACACAGCAGAAGUUAAGUGUUCUUGCUUUCACUCUUGUACAAGCUUUGAUAUGCACCUUAUGGCUGAUUCUAUCCCCCCCUUUUCCCAAUCAAAAUAUGAAAUAUUAUAAAGACAGAAUCAUUCUGGAGUGUGACCUGGGAUCUGCAGGUGCAUUCUGGACUGUAUUAGGUUAUGUUGGGCUCCUCUCUGCCAUGUGCUUUGUGCUCGCUUUCCUGGCUCGGAAUCUACCUGAUAACUUUAAUGAAGCCAAAUUCAUUACAUUCAGCAUGCUCAUAUUCUGUGCUGUCUGGAUCACCUUUAUCCCAGCGUACAUUAGCUCUCCUGGGAAGUUCACUGUAGCUGUAGAAAUAUUUGCUAUUUUGGCUUCUAGUUAUGGUUUGCUUUUCUGCAUUUUUUCUCCAAAAUGUUAUAUCAUAUUGCUGAAACCUGCAAGAAAUACCAAAAAACAUAUGAUGAGCAAAAUGCCUUCAAAAUCCCUAUAAACUUCAAUGGUUA